UAUGUGUCAAAGUUUGUCAUGCAUAUAUUUUAAAAACUCUGUAAUAUACUUGUAUGUGUAUUAGAUCUACAUAAACAAUUAGACAUGUUUUCAAGCAUUCGGGGAUUUUUAAAUCGCCACAAGCGUAAGUUCAUAUUUGGAAGUGUUAUUAUUAGUAGCGUCAUUUUUAUGACACGUUAUACACAGCGUAAGUUACGAGAGUGGCAAGAAAAUGAAAUAAGGAUGCUGAUGGAAAGGACGAAGAAACGACAAUACUAUGAGAGCACGGAGAGGUCGUGUAAUAAAAUGAUAUCGCAUCUUGUGGUAACUUUGAGAAACUCUGUGAUCAAAGAAAAUGAUACGGAAGUCAUUAUAAAUCAACUUAGAGAUGGCUCUGCUGAUAAAAUUACAUCUUGGGGUCAAUUGAAGGUAUUAGCAAUCGCGCGACCGGCCGUAAUAAUUUAUUCUUAUACGAUGCUAGUUACAUUUCUUAGAAUUCAGCUCAAUUUGAUUAGCGGACAUAUGUACAAAGACGCGCAGAAUACGAACAAUGUGGACAAUGAGAUAAUUGGCAGUGAAGUACAAAAGAGAUACAUGGCUCUUUCCAAAUAUUUUAUAGAUGAAGGCAUCAAAGAUUUAAGCAAUUUCAUACAAAAUAAAGUUAAUGAAGUCACAGCUUCGUUGUCUCUAACGGAGCAAUUAACAUUAAGAGAUUUAGAACAAAUUUAUUGGGCAAUUACAUCUUCUAUAUCUGCCGACAGCUCGAAAGACCCUGUAAAAAAUUUCACUUAUUACACAUUGCAACAUGACAUUGAAAACAGCGAUACAUCUGUCUAUUCAAAGCUAAGGGAUCAGAUGCUAGAUGUAUCAGAGAGCGAAGAAGUACAAGAUUUAAUGCAGAAAAAUAUCAGAACUGGAUUUGUUUUAUUAAUGGAUCAUAUAUCCGCAUACUUCAGUGAACCUUCCAAAACUAACAGUGCACAGAACCAAGCAUUGUUUUUAGGAGAAUCAAAUGCUGGUAAUUCAAUUUUAAUAAGAGAAACCACAAGUGAUUUGAGUGGAUUUGUAGAUGUUAACAAAACCACUAUGGCUUUAGCCAAAAUUAUUCCUAUUGUGAAUGGACAGGUUCGAAAUAAUCCAACUUCGAACGAUGUAGCAGAGGAUUGGCUUCAGCGUCUGAUAUUCAAUAAUGAUCUUAAAACACUCGGGGCUAAUCUUUACGAAGCAGUCUGCUAAAGUUAAUUGCGUGUCAAUAUUUUGGAAAUUAAAUGGAAUUAUUAUUGAGUGUACAAUUAGUAGUAUUGACAGAGCAGUUGGUAAUUCUUUGCAGCAGAUAUACAAUUUUACUUGAAUUUCACAUAGAUUUCUUUGUAUAUUCAGAUUCAAGGGAUAUCACAGAAAAUAUUUAUUUUAUAUAUUUUUAGAUUAAAACACAUGGUUGAUGGUUUAA